CCCAUGAAUGGGCGACAAAAUGGAUUUUUCAGCUUCAGCUUUUUCGAGUACUUUAUUACGUCCGGGUUCGUCUUCGUGCAGGAGCCUAUGACGAUGCUUUGGCAGGGGUAGGUCUUUCCCUUAUUACCGUCCAUUCCGAUUGGCAAGAGCUCACUGUGUUCAUGUGAAAUGUAUUCUUUGACCAGUCUCUUUGCAAUCCUCGACAUUUCAGUUCGCGAUCGCGGGUCUAGACAUUUCGCAAUCAACAGCUGUCGUCGGUGAACGCGGCGCAUCAAUCUCCCCGCUGGAAGCUCGCUUGCCCGUUAACUCCGACGCCUCUACAUCAUCGACAUCACCACCGUCGCCAUUAUCACCACCAUUCCUCCCAUACAUUAUGUUCGUUCCUACGCACUCACCCGGCCCUCCAGAUCUUAUCUCUACACCAUGGCCACUACAUUUAGCGUGAUCCCAUUGUCCCCGCGGCGUCCCGAAUCCUAUGUUUUGCCUCCCUCGCACCAUGUUGGCAACCCCCCAACAUCUUUCAAGAAUCCCUGGCCUUCGUACACAUCUUCUGGACUGGCGGGCCUUGUUAAAACGAGACUGAAUACCCCCAAGAACUUUGUGCCUGUUCCUAGCGAUCGCCUUGGCCUGGUCGAGGUUUGCAAACCGGAUUUUGGGCAAGGCAAAAACGGGCUGAAAGCCACAUGGAUUGGGCACGCUAGUUUUCUUAUCGAGACUACUGCACAGAAGGGAAAAGAGCGAGGCUUCAGGAUCCUUCUAGAUCCCGUUUUCAGUGACAGAGUUGGCCCGUAUGGCAUGGUCGGUCCCGUACGCUUUACACCACCACCGUGUGAAGUUGAAGAUUUACCCGAGAUAGAUGCUGUAUGCAUCAGCCACGACCAUUACGACCAUUUGGAUAUUCCGACUCUUCGAAAACUGCUUGCGAAGCAGAAUAGCAACGUCAAGUUCUUCUGUGGGCUGCGUGUUAAGGAUGUGUUAGUUGGCUUGGGGGUAGGGAUCAAACCUGAUCAAGUCACCGAAUUGGAUUGGUGGGAUCCCAUACACUUGGAGUCUAGCAAAAUUGGAAGUGUUGAUUUGGUAUGCACCCCCGCGCAACAUCGAAGUGGACGGACACUAUGGGGCUUGAAUGGCACGUUGUGGUGCAGCUGGAUAGUUAAAGAGCCCGGAGAAGGUGGCAAGAGCCUGUUCUUCGCAGGCGAUACAGGGUAUUGUGGAGUCACAUCUGACGACCAGCCAUCACAUCAUCAAGCGCCCCAUCCUCCUUGUCCAGCAUUCUCCGAGAUUGGGCAGAUUUAUGGACCGUUUGAUUUGGCAUUACUGCCAAUUGGAUGCUACCAACCUCGAUCAGCGUUAUCUGGCCAGCACUCUUCGCCCGACGAUUCUAUCGCUAUACAUAAGGAUGUCAAGAGCAAGAAGAGCAUUGGCAUGCAUUAUGGUUCCAUACGGGGCGGCUUUAGUGCAAAUUAUGAACCUGUUAUUGAGCCUCCGAGGAGGUUCAAGACAGCUGCUGAAGGUGAAGGCCUGCGCUGGGGUGAGGAAGUGGGAUUAUGCGACAUUGGAGAGACUGUGGUAGUGUAA